UAGAAGCACAUUUGAGAGAGAGAGAAAAAAAAAAAAACAGAGAUGGUAGGCAUUUCUUGUGAACAACAAAAUUCUUGGGUUUGUUCAAGAAACCAAAAACUAAAUCUUGAUCAACAACAUAAUAAUCAUGUAGAUGUUGAAGAAGCUGAAGAAAUAUGGCAGAAGCUGAACCAAACCAAACCCAACUUAACCACCACAACCAACAGCUUCAACUCCAGCAGCAGGAGCAACAGCAGGAAGAAGAAGAACCAGGUUUUGCUGGAAGGGUAUGUGGAGGCAGCUAAUGAGGAGGAUGACUUAAAGAGAACUAAAAGCUUGACAGAUGAUGAUCUUGAUGAGCUUAAAGGGUGCUUGGAUCUUGGCUUUGGUUUCAGCUAUGAUGAGAUCCCUGAGCUUUGUAACACCCUGCCUGCUCUUGAACUUUGCUACUCUAUGAGCCAGAAGUUUCUUGAUGAGCAACAUAAAUCUCCCGACAGGAUGAGUAAUAAUUCUUCGCCUGCUGCUCUCUCUGAGCCUGCUUCUAGUCCUAUUGCUAGUUGGAAAAUCUCCAGUCCUGGUGAUCAUCCAGAAGAUGUGAAGGCAAGGCUUAAAUACUGGGCACAGGCUGUGGCAUGUACUGUUCGAUUAUGCAGCUGAAUCGAAUGAGAAAAUGAUUGCGCAUUUUCUCGACAAUGGAAACCAAAAGCUCGGACCUUUCACGAACCGUUUGCGCUCCAUUAUCCUUCCUCAUGUGGAAUCACUUGCAGGAAUUGAAAUGGAUCGGCGCAGAUCGGGGUUAAACUAGGGAGAACAAGAAGAGAAAUGCUUCAGGUUUGGGAUUAAUCGAAUACUCAUAUGAGUUUGAGUUAACACAGCAGAGGCAAAGACUAUGAUUAUUGUAUUCGGUGCAUCAAAAUAAGAUUUAAUAAGAAUAAAAUGAAUCUUUUAUCACUAUGUAUGUGUUCCGACAUGCGCCGCUGGUUUUAUGCAGUGUUGAUUGAUACUAUUAUUACCCUUCAA